CUCUAUUAAUAAAUUACAACCGGUGCCCAUGUAAACAAUCUAUCAAAAGAAGUGUCCACAUGAGAUUGAGUGCUUUUGCAAGGAAUGGCCGAUGCUAUUCAGCUGCAGAAACCGAGACGACACAUUCUGCUGACAGGGGUUCCAGGGAUUGGCAAGACAACUGUUUGCAAGAAGGUUUGCGAUAAGCUGGAGAGUCUGAACUUUGAGUGCCAGGGAUUCUAUACAGAGGAGGUUCGGGAGGACGGCCAGCGGGUGGGCUUUGAUGUCGUCACGCUUGAUGGAGGCAGGGCCCCACUAGCUAGAGUUGUUGACAGAGAUAAUCCAGUGGCAGGUAGAAGUUACAUGGUGGGAAGGUACAAUGUACUGCUCCAAUCGUUUGAACAGCUGGCCCUGCCAUCACUUGCAAUCAAGCCAUCUGAAGCCACUCGUGUGAUUGUCAUUGAUGAAAUUGGCAAGAUGGAGUUGUUCAGUAAGAUUUUCAUGCAGACUGUCAAGGAGCUGCUCCAGCACCCCAAGACGACGGUGUUUGCCACCAUACCGGUGAAGGCUAAUCAAUUUGUGGAGGAUGUAUGCCACCGUGAUGAUGUCAUUAUUUAUACAGUGUCGAAAGAAAAUCGCUUCAGAAUGAUCAAUGAAGUCGCUGAUGCCGUGAAAGACUCUUUGGAAUAUUUUGGAACGUGAUGCCACACAGCUGUGCACACAUAUAUUUGUUGUUUUAGAAAAUGUCAUAUGUAACUUGUUAUUUGAUUAUGCAUACAAAAGAGCUAUGCAUUUAAAGUAUUUACCGUUGCAGUUAUGACUCCACAUAACAGAGAUGACUCGUUUUUGAUCAGAUUAUUAAACUAUGCAAUUUGGAGAAUACAUAUAGACAUGUUGAUAAUAUUCUGCUUUUGUAAUAGAGACAAAACCAGGCAGAACAUAUUUUGUAUGGAUGAUAUUGCAAAUAUACAAGUGUACUAUACUAAUAUUACUAUUGUAGUUUGGAGCUUACAUGAUAAAAAAUAACAUAAAAUGUCAGUACAUAAAGAAGCAUGUUAGUGUUAAGAAUAUGUGCCUUGACGCAUAUGCAGGGGGGAGGGGGCGCAUGCGUUGAAUGGAUUAAGUGAUGUUAUAUGGAACUGACUUACCGGUACACAAUUGCGUACUGUUCCUGAUUAUCGUGAAUGAGCCGCGGAUAUUUUCGGUAAGCCACAUUAUAUUGGUAUGUCUUUUAAAUGAAUACGACCCUACGGUUCUACGGAGUUUGUGCUUCCCUCGUUUUUGUUUGUUUCAACAUCUAGACGUCGGAAUAAAAAAAAUGAAGGAACACCGUCCACAAAUUUUUCUUGUACUAAAGUUACGUUCGAGUAAUUUGAUGUACAUGUACUUAUUCAUCAUUUUCUCUUAUAAUGCACAGUAUUUGCACAAGUAGAUUGUAAAUUUAAAAAAAAUCACGAUUAUUGUAUUUUCCCGACGCGAAGGGUUUUAAUGUACCGUUCGCUUUCUAGAGCGGUACAAACUUAGAAACGCCUUCUUCUUUAAUCUUGGCAUCCGCGACGCCUGGAAAUAUUAAUCACUGUAUUUGGUUAUGUAAGCAUCAUUCUCCAUUUUAGGCACAUUCAAACAUAAGUAUGCUUACAUGUGUUAAACAAAGAGGUGAGAGUUAGAGUAUGUAAAAAUACCGUCUAAUGCCUUAUUUUUCGCACACCAAAUGUUAGCGUUUAGAAUGUGAUAAAUAUAUAUACUUCUAAACAUAAAUAAUCUAAAAAGUAAUAAAAUGAUUAAAUAUAUUUUAAUGUAAACAUGCGCGACAACUGUUUAUUAAACGAGAAAAUCAUAGUCGUACAUCCCAAAUCUUGAAAGUCCAGAAAUUUAACAACAAAUUUGCGGUUUCCCCUCAAUAACUUGUAAAUUCCGACGUCUACGAUCUUGAAAUAAAAAAAAACCGAGGGAAGAAAAAACACACCUUAGAGUUGUUUUAGAGGAAUAUAAAUAUUAACCGUAGAAAUAUAAAUAAAAAUAAACGGGUGAAAAUAUUCCCUGUUUACUCACGAACAAAUACGAAAAGGACGCCAUUUUGUAAGUCGGUUCCAUUUAACCUCGCUUACACGCAGUCGGCUUUAUUCUAUGUACCCCCAUGCAUAUGCCAGACGCAACAAAAAUGAAUAUUUUGAAAACAGGAACCUUUGUUAUUAAGAAACCAAAUGCAAGAAAUAAAUGAUUUUAAAACAUU